AUGUAUAAUUUACCACCUUGGAUGUGUAUGAAGGAUACAACAAUGUUCUUAACGGUGCUAGUGCCAGGACCAGAGAAUCCUAAGGCAAAACUUGAUGUUUUCUUACAACCCCUUAUUGCAGAGUUGAAACAUUUGUGGGAUGUUGGUGUGCAUGCAUAUGAUAUCUCAUUGAAACAAAAUUUCCAACUGAGAGCGGCUUUGAUGUGGACCAUUAGUGAUUUUCCUGCAUAUUCAAUGCUCUCGGGGUAUAGCACGGCAGGAAAGCUGGCAUAUCAUCCGUAUCGACGGAAUAGGUAUGGAUUUCGCAAAAAUACUUUGGUAAAAAAAACACCACCUCUUGCAUUGUCUGGACCUGAGAUACUUGCUUCCUUGUACGAGUUGGGUUUAGUGAAAGCGACAGAACCCAAUGCUGCACAGACUAAUGUGGAUAAUAGUCAUGGUAGUGGUUGGAAGAGUAAGAGCAUUUUUUGGGAUUUGCCUUAUUGGAAAACUCAACUUAUUCGACACAACUUGGAUGUUAUGCAUAUAGAGAAAAACGUGUUCGAAAAUGUGUUCAAUACAGUGAUGAAUGUACCGGGAAAAACUAAGGACACGGUGAAGUUGAGAGAAGAGUUGAAUCAAUAUUGUCGCCGCAUUACUCAACCAACUUUUACUCUGAAUAAGAAAGAAAAAGCUGUCUUGUGUGCGUGGGUAAAAAAUCUGAAAUUUCCUUAUGGGUAUGUGUCGAACAUGGCUAGGUGUGUUGACACAAAGAAGCUUAAGUUGUUUGGGAUGAAAAGCCAUGACUGUCAUGUGUUCAUGCAAAGGUUGGUGCUCGUUGCAUUUCGGGAAUUACUACCGCAAAAAGUAUGGGAGGCAUUGACUGAGUUGAGUCUUUUCUUCAAAGAUUUGACAUCGACCACUAUUAAAAGUGAGCACAUGAUGAAAUUAGAGAACGACAUCCCCAUCACUUUGUGUAAAUUGGAGCUCAUAUUCCCUCCAAGCUUCUUUGACUCUAUGGAGCAUCUUCCAAUCCAUUUGGCUUAUGAAGCAAGGAUAGCAGGUCCAGUUCAAUAUCGAUGGAUGUAUCCGUUUGAAAGAUACCUUGGAAAGUUGAAGAAAACAGUUAGAAAUAAAACUCGAGUGGAAGGCUCUAUUUCUAAUUCAUACGUUGUGGAAGAAGCGUCAUUGUUGUGUUCUCAUUACCUUGAGGACAAUGUUGUUACAAGGCAUACACGAGUGCUGCGCAAUGAUGCUGGUGUUGCUUGCGAUCCUACGAACAAUGUGACCAAUUCAUACAUAAGGGAUCUCGCAAAAGGAACUUUUAACACUGUUACAACGUACCCUGGCUGCUUUGUUAAUGGAUUUAAAUUUCACACGAUUAGCCAUGGUUCGAAUAAAGGCACUAUGAAUAGUGGCAUGUGCGUUAAAGGAUCCAACUACAAUGAUCCCGAGAAGGACUAUUAUGGUCGGAUAAUAGAGAUUGUUGAGCUCGAGUAUCCUUCAGUAUCGUCAUUCAAGAAAGUUGUAUUGUUCAAGGGCGAUUGGUUUAUUCCAAGUUUGAACGAGGGGGUGAAGAUUCAUCAUGCAUAUAAGAUCGUCGAGAUCAAUGAAAAGAAGAAAUGGAAUACAAACGAGCAAUUUGUAUUAGCUUCUCAAGCGAUUCAAGUAUAUUUUUGCGAAUAUCCAAGCUUGAGGCGUAACAAAAGCGAUUGGUUGGUUGUAACAAAAGUCAAACCAAGGUUCAUAGUAGAGGUUCCACAAUCUUUUAAUAAUCAAGAGGCGACCCUUCCACGUGAAGCGCUGCCUUACCAAGAGGAUGACGUGGAACUACACAAUAUUGCAGUUGAUGAUGUGCAAAUCCCUGAGACAGUGAAUGAUGGUGACCACGCUGAUUUAAAUGAUGAGCUAGUUAUGGAAUCUGAAUUUGAUGAAGCCCCAGAGUUGAAUGAUGAGCAAGUUUUGAGAUCUGAUUCUGAAGAUAAGUUUGAAUCGUAUGAUGAGCAAGUCUUGUGA